AUGUUUCAAAUCAAGAACAGCCAGCAUCACCUUUCUUCCAUGAUUGAAAGCAACAACGAGAAGGAAAUAUGUUGUAUAAAUGGUGAUUCCAAUAUUGACAACAAGAAAAUCAAAUCUUGUUCGAUGAAACACGAAAAUCAAACAUUGGUGCCAAUGAUUCUGAUGGAUUUUUCAAAUAAUUCUCAUCACCACCAAUACGGAGACAAUGAUGGUGGACUUAUUCAUGAGAUUCGGAAAUGGGAAUUGUUGUUGAAAAAGAAAUUUUCAUUGCAACAAGAAGGAAAGAAGAAAUGGUUAUUGAAUCGAGAAUUGAAAUAUAAAGAUUUCUUUCAAAUUGAAUUCAUGGAUGACAAGGAAUUUUUAUUGAAUCACACCAAAAAGUAUGGUUAUGGAUUGAAAUUUGCAUCACCAAAGCUGAAACAAGACAGAGAUUUCUUGAUGAAAGUGAUCCAAUUGAGCAAAGAUGGAUUUAAAGUGGAUGUGGGGGAAUUAAAUCAUGCAUGGAACAUUAUUUCCGGUGGUGACAAGUGUGGUGACGAGUAUCUUAAGGAGAGACUUGAAAAUGACGAGAUGUUUUUCAAGAAAUACUUUAGAGGAAUUGAAAAAAAGCCUAAACUCCAAUCGCUCUUGUUUGAAACACUCAAACACAAUAGGAAAGCGGAACUCAACAAGGAUCGUGAUGUUGUUUUGAAUGCUGUGAAAAGUUAUGGACUUGCGCUUGAAUAUGCCCAUGAAGAUUUGAAAAAUGAUGAAGAGAUUGUGAAUGCAGCUGUGAAACGGGAAGGAAAGGCAUUAGAUUAUGCAUCGAAUAGUUUGAAAAAAGACAAAGAAAUUGUUUUGGCUGCUGUUCGACAGAAUGGAAGUGCACUUGGAUAUGCAUCGGAAGAGUUGAUUUAUGAUAGAGAAGUCUUAUUGACAGCUGUUAGACAAGAUGGCAAUAAUACUCUAAGAAGCUUUUUGUACCAUCGUCCAAAUUUAUGGGACUAUCCAACCACCAAACCAUUCACCCAGUACGAUUAUGAACUCUUUAGUGAUAAGCCAUUCAUAUUAGAAAAGAUUAAGGCAGGAUGUCAAGAAGUUUUCAAUUAUGCACCGAGAGAUAUUAUUGAGGAUAGAUAA